AUGCCCCCCGAUGACCCAAGUCCAGGAGCGAUGCAGACUCAUAUUCCUGAGCGUUCCCGCACGUCAGCCGUAGACACUGGCCUCACCCACUCCCCCGGGCUUCCUGUGGAACUGCGUCUUAAGAUCUACAUGAUAGCGUUCCCCGAGAUGGACCGAUCUGUCGUCUAUGAACGAGACGGAGAAGUCUGCGCCAGGAACCUCGUUGAUAUAGGAGGCAGACAGAACUACAAGACUCGAAUCAGUCGCAGUGGCUGGAGCCUAGUAUUUCUGAUACCUGAACGCAAAUGGUGUCCUUCGCUUUACAUUCGAUCGAGUUUUACGAGCAACUUUGCACGAGAUCCUGCUAUCCGGUCCGAAUUUCUCAACGAGUACCUGAACAAAGUCCAGUUCCAUUGGGCCCAACGCUGGAAACAGGCAUUUAUGCAAGAAAUCGAUGGCCUUCCACAGUUCCUCUCCAUGAUCGCGACAGAAAAUCUCAACGGAGCAUUUCGCCACCUCACUAUCCAUCCCCCUUGGUCGAUAUCACUUGUCGGCCCGCCUCUGCCUGAAGGCGAAGUAGUCUGGCUUGGUCGCGUUUUCAGUACCCUAUGUCAUUACGAAACCAAGUGUGAGCUCAACUUCUUAUUCACGUCACGAUCUUUAAUACCGCUUUUCAACCGCAUAGUCGAAAUCUCAAAGACCAAGUUCCUACGUAGUCAUCACGUCGAACACCCCAAUUCCCAGCGAUCUUACCCACCCCUCCCCAAGAUUGAUAAGAAGACGUUGGAGUUAUUUCUAGAGGAUACGGUGCUGAGGGUGCUGAUGAGAGACUUUCGUGAGGCAAAUGCUGCAGGCGGUGUGCGGACUCGGCCGCACUCAUUGAAAUAUCUUGUUGACUUUAGCAAGUAA